GCUUGUAGUGCUCAGUAGACAGUAGACAGACACACAGAGAGAAUACAGUUGUGGCAGGACUGGACCGGUAACGCAGAAUGGCUCAGAACGGAACAACAGAGAACGGGGUGACCGGGGCGAAUGGCGAUGGGAGCCCUCCCAUGCCUUUUCCCCAGCCCGUCAAAGUACAAGAGAUACGCUACACCAAGAUUUUUAUCAACAAUGAGUGGCACACCUCUCUCAAAGGAAAGACGUUUCAGACCUUCAAUCCAGCAACAGGUGUCAAAAUCUGUGAAGUGGAAGAAGCAGACAAAGCAGAUGUGGACAAGGCUGUAAAGGCUGCCAGAGCGGCCAGCCAGAGGGGCUCGCCGUGGCGAAGGAUGGACGUGUCAAGCCGGGGGCGACUCCUGCACAAGCUCGCUGACCUGAUGGAGAGGGACCGGGCACUGCUAGCGACUAUGGAGACUAUAGACACUGGGAAGCCAUUCCUUCAUUCUUUCUUCAUUGAUCUGGACGGCAGCAUCAAAACCCUUAGAUACUAUGCCGGUUGGGCCGACAAGAUACAUGGCAAAACCAUGCCUGUAGAUGACACGUUUAUGUGUUUCACCAGACAUGAGCCUGUAGGUGUGUGUGGAGCCAUCAUCCCAUGGAACUUCCCCCUGCUGAUGUUCAUGUGGAAGGUGGCCCCGGCGCUGUGCUGUGGUAACACUGUGGUCAUCAAGCCAGCCGAGCAGACCCCUCUCACAGCCCUGCACGUAGGAUCUCUCAUCAAAGAGGCCGGUUUCCCCCCCGGAGUGGUGAACAUCGUGCCAGGGUUCGGCCCCACAGCAGGUGCAGCCAUUGCUAGCCACAUGGGCAUAGACAAAGUGGCGUUCACGGGUUCUACAAAGGUAGGCCAGUUGAUCAAAGAGGCUGCAGCAAAGAGUAAUCUGAAAAGAGUGACCCUGGAGCUGGGUGGGAAGAACCCCUGCAUUGUCUUUGCUGACUCGGACUUGCAGUUGGCAGUGGAGGAGACCCAAAAGGGAGCCUUCUUCAACCAGGGCCAGUGCUGCACGGCCGCGUCGCGUGUCUUCGUGGAGGAACAGGUCUAUGAGGAGUUUGUACGCCGCAGCGUCGAGAGGGCCAAGAGUAUCGUCAUAGGAGACCCCCUGGACCCACGUACAUCACACGGACCACAGAUUGACCAGAAGCAGUUUGAUAAGAUACUGGAGUUGAUUGACAGCGGGAAGAAGGAGGGAGCCAAACUGGAGUGUGGGGGCGUGGCCAUGGAGGACACAGGACUCUACAUCCAGCCCACCGUAUUCUCCCAUGUCAAGGACCACAUGCGUAUCGCCAAGGAAGAGAUCUUCGGCCCGGUCCAGUGUAUAUUCCGAUUCAAGAGCCAGCAGGAGGCCAUAGAGAGAGCUAACAGUACGGAGUACGGCUUGGCUUCUGCCGUGUUCACACGCAAUCUGGACCGGGCUCUCUCUGUGUCUGCUGCCCUGGAGACUGGCACUGUCUGGGUAAACUGCUAUAACGCCCUCCAUGCCCAGGCACCAUUCGGAGGAUACAAAAUGUCAGGCAAUGGACGAGAGCUGGGUGAGUAUGCAUUGGCAGAGUACUCUGAGGUGAAAGCUGUGACCAUCAAACUGACUGAGGCACUGUGAGGGACACAGGAGAGACCACAAACCACUACUAGAGCCCAGCCCAGCACUACUGUCAUCAACUCAGGCUGUGUCCCAACUCUCUGAAGCCACUCCCUUUCAUCAUCUUCUUGUCUCCUUUCAUUUAUCACCUUUGGUCAUAAAGAGUUUGAUUUGUGCGUGUGCUGUGCUCAAAUCCUAUUCAACGCCUAUUUCACCUAUCACUCAAAGUCAUUAGGUGAAAAAAGCCAAGGAAAGGAUGCCAUUGAAGGGUGUUGGGACACUGGAGUGGCUUGAAGUGGCUUUCUUUCCUUGGCAAAUUAAAGGAAACAAGGAGAGGUGGCCAAUCUGGAAGUGAAUUGGGACGCAGACAAACCCUAUUAGAGUUUCAGACCCUCCCACAGCUCUAUUGCUCCAGGGGUGUAUUCAUAGGAACCAAUUGGAAGCAAACAGGACGAAAUGGGAGGGACAUACCUGAAUUUGUCCAGUAGAAAUUGCUACGGUUCGCAACACUUUACACUAAUGAAUACACCCCAGGCCUUUACAAUACCACAGCACUUCAGAGCUUCACUAAUAAUAACAAAUAAAAAAAUCUGUUUCUUAAUUUGGGGUUUUCUGAUAUGAAUGUUCUUCUCUCAUUUUGAGGAGCAUUUUCUCCCUUUUCAAAUGGUGGAAUGAUUUUUAAUUCCCAAACAAUGUCAUAUUUACCUCUAUUUUUAACUUUCUAAUGCCCAGAAGAAAGACAUGUUUUUAACCCACUACAAUAACAAUAUAUAGGUCUAGUACUGUACUAGCAAACCUUAACUGGCAUUUUAACACUUUUAAACACUUUACAUUGUGUUGCAUUUGGAUCUGUGUACGAUAUCUUUCAGAGUUGCUCAACUAUAAGUGUGGCAACAUUCUGCUAACUUUACUAAAAUUCCCAGGUUUCACAGAAAUACUGGUCAGAUUCAGGAACCUGGGAAUUUUCUGAAAGUGAACAGAAUUUGGCAGCACUAUUCUUGAGUACUGAGUACUGAGUACUGAGUGCUGUUAUUAACAUAUUGUUAUGUCUUGGGUGACGAUACCCCUGAUGAUUUUUGUAUGCUUUGUGGUUUUAUUGAACUAAAUGUAGGAAGUUUUGCAAAUGGUUUGAUGGAAUGUAUUUCUUUGCAAUACAUAUGGGGCAGGUUUCCCAAACUAAAACAGCAUUUCAAUGGAGAUUCUCAUUUGAGAUUUGUGUUUAAUCCAAGCACUAGGGUUAAUCUGUGUCUGGGAAACCGGAGCCUAAUUCAAUAAGGUAAAUCAUGGGGCUUGUGUCCUAUCGGUGUUUUUAAUGGUAUAACAAUGCUACUGAAAACUGCCAUUAUGUUGAAAAUACAAGUCAUUUGGACUCCAAUAAUGUCUCCAUUCCUUGUCACAAUAUGCACCAUAUGUGAGAUGUUACAAUGUAUAACAAACCACAAGGAAACAAGUCAUUUGUUUCAUUUGCUAGACUCUCACUUUUUAUAUGGAUAUUUAAAUAGACAUUUUAAAUAAAGGAAAAUGGAAUGUG